GAGAGGAGACUGCGGGGUUUUCGGCUUGUGUGUUCCGCUAUGUGGAGGACGGAGACCGACGAGUCGGUUUUUAGCUCGUUUGGUCGUUUUUAGCUAAAGGACUGUUUUUAAACCCGGCUGCGCGAAACACUUAGAGAAGCUUCCAGGAAUAAUAAUAAAAAUAAUAAUAAUAAUAAUUAGAAAUUCCAGUAAUUAAAAUAAACACGCGAGGAGCUGUCAACACACCAUAAACUAUUUUUCUGCGACUAAGGAGUGUAACUUCUUGGACAUUUUUCACUUUUUAAAAACAUUUUGUUCGCUAAACUUGCUAGCUUUGCCUCGUCGCCAUGGAGACGCUGGACUACCCACAUCCGUUCGUUCACGACGUGAAGCUGAGCAGGACGCAAAAAAUCAGGGGUAUCAUCCUGGGCAGCGUCCUCUUCCCUCUACGCGUCACCCUGGCAGCGCUCUUCUUCCUCAUCAUGUGGCCCAUUGCCCGGCUGCGAUUGGCCGGCCUGUCCGAGGAGGAGCGCUCUCGACCGGUGACCGGCUGGCGGCGCUGGCUUUUCCACCCAAUCGUCUGGCUGCUGAGCCGAGCCGUGUUCUUCUCGCUGGGCUUCCUGUGGGUGAAGGUAAAAGGUCGCCGGGCCGACCUGAAGGAGGCGCCGGUGCUGGUGGUGGCGCCACACAGCGGCUUCCUGGACAUGCUGGUUCUGUGUCCGACCCAGCUGGCGACGGUGGUGUCGCGGUCCGAGAACACCAGUCUACCGGCUAUUGGAGCCCUGCUUGAAUUCAACCAGAGUGUGUUGGUGAGCAGGAAGGAUCCAGAGUCGAGGAAGAAGGCGGUGGCUCAGCUCAACGAGAGGCUCACCUCCAGAGGUUACUGGCCUCAGAUGCUGAUGUUUCCUGAGGGAACCACGACUAACGGCCGCGCUCUCAUCAAAUUCAAGCCCGGUGCCUUCCUGGCCGGAGUUCCUGUCCAGCCAGUUCUGCUGCGUUACCCCAACAAGCUGGAUACUGUUCGCUGGACGUACAAAGGAACAACCUGGACUGAAGCCUUGUGGCACACCUCGUCACAGUUCUACACCAACAUGACCGUGGAGUUCCUGCCAGUUUACAACCCGUCCCCGGAGGAGAGGAGCGACCCCAACCUCUACGCCGACAACGUUCAGAAGCUCAUGGCCAAGGCCUUAGGAGUCCCAGCUACAGACUAUGUGAUGGAGGGCCGGGUUCCUGUCAGUAAACUGGGAGGUCUUUCCCUCCCACUGGAGUCUCCGGCCAGAGAAACGCUGUCACUGCUGCAUAGAAAUGGCAUCACCGCUCCCCAAAUCGAGGCGGCGCUCAACAGAAUGAUUGACAGGUGUCAGUCCGGAGCUCCAGGCUUAAAGACGAGCGCCGAGGAGCUCAGAUCUAUUCUCACGCUGCCGGAUAAACAGACGGCCGUCCAGAUCUGUGGCCUCUACUCAAAGGAUGAAACCGUGGACCUCAGACAGAUCUACUUGAGUGUUUCCGCCCUGACAGGAUUCGUUAGCUUCAAAUCCCUCCUUCAUUCUGCUUUUACUCUGUUCGACAGGGAGGCCCGAGGCAGCCUGAGUGCAGAGGAGCUGUCCCACCUCAUGGGGGCGCUGCUGGGCGUCCCUCAGCACCACACUGCCCAACUGUACGCCGAGGCCUCCAACCAGGGCCGGCUUACUGAAGAGAACCUUCUGCGAGUGCUGACGACCCACCCGACCUACCAGAGAGUGGUCAACGAAUACCUGCAGCCCAAAGAGGCGGGCUCUCAGCUGUCCUUCACCUCUCUGACCAAUGGGAAGGCUGUGAACAACAACAGAAACAUGCACAACGGCAACGGUUCCGUCCACUACGACAAGAAGCUGGAAUGAAAGUUUAGCUUUUCCCGUCUGUUCUGCUUUACUUCCUCGAAGCAAAAAACAAAGGCUUUAUCAUGUGUGAGAGUGUGUCGGGUAGGAUGUUUGCUUUUAUCUAUAACACUAAGUGAUGCUGCCGUGGCUGUUUGUGUGAGAGUGUGUGAGGACCUGUUGUGCCUUUUUUAAUUCCUUGUAAUAAAUGUUGAUCCACAUGCUGUCAAAGGACUCGAAGCCAUAAAGUGUCUUAUUUAUAAAACCUCCUCUUGUUUGUGUAUGUUCUGUUUUUUACAAGUGCAAAAAGAAACCAAACACUCUGUAAAUCCAGAUGCUUAUUGUAUGGAAAUGAAUUCUUACAUUGUUGGAGUAUUGUUUAAUAAUUAAACUGUGAAUUCUUUUAA